ACAAUCGAGCAUCUACCCCAUGCUAUAAAUCUCCAGGAGAACUACACUCUUGUGGCCAUCUAAUGUUUACCGUAUGUGUUUUUCUGGGUUUCCUGAUUUCUGACUUUGAAUUUUAUUUUGAAAUGAAUCCAAAGAGUUAACUGAAGACUUCAGUGUCCGUUAGGUUGUAUUAGACUCUGACCUGGAUAUAGUAUGCAAGUGUGCAAAGAACACACAGAAUUUAUCUCUAUCCAUAUCUGUCAGAAUUUAAUUUGUUGCUUAGGAAACAGCUUCCUCUAAGUAAUUCCUACAAGGUUUCAAGGAAUCAGUACAGUGUGUGUGUGCAUAGCGAUUUUACACAAUCAAAUAUCAAUGUUACAAUCAAUAAUAGUGUAAACGGCUAUUAAAACCUGACAGUUAUUAUUUCUUUAUUUCUUGUAUCAAUAAGUCAAUUAAGACCAAUGGAUGCAUCAUCAGUUGUAUUAUACAGAGUCUGAGCCUAUUAAAAUGCUUAUGAAGACUACUGUUACAUGCCAGAUUAAACUGAAGGUUGGAACUAAGCCUGUAAAUGUACAACAUCUAACACUGCGGUAUGUAGAACUGCCAGUUGGCACCAUCAUUUAACUUACUGAGAGCACACAUGGUGGACAUGACAAAAAUACACCACAGGGAUUCUCCAAUUACAUUACAAGUCUUAAGCUAUUCAGGAGGAAGCAGGGUGUUGAAAUAGUGAGAAUGCCACUAAGCUCCACAGUGACCACUCUCCAAUGUCUGUGGUAUGAACAAGCAUAAUGAGCGAAUGAAGAUUUACGGCUCAAUAAAUGUUUCAUUUGUAAACAUCUUCACAUUUCAGUGUUACAUGCACAACAUAAAUGUGUGAACAUAACAGAUUCACAUAAUGAACAUGUGAACAUAAUGAACAGUUUUGCCCAGGAAUACAUCUGUUGUUCACAUAUAGGUUUUUCUGAUGUAUUGAAGAAUUUUCACCUAGUAUAAAUCUAGAUAAAAAAAAAUAAAUAAAAAAAAAUCUUGAAAGUCGAUCUAAAGAUCGUUCCUGCAAGUUUUAGUAACUUUAUCAAGUAUGUGGAGACUGAUGGUUUCAGGCAGAAAUAAUUGCAAAUAAAUAAUUUUUCAUGAUCACCUCUCUUGAAAGUAAAUAAUACAGCUUUCCUUGACAGCAUGUGCAAUAUAAUGCUGUAAAACUUUCAUUUUGGUUGCCAUUUGAUUUUCUGUCUUGGCUUGUGUCUCUUAUACUCACUUCCUAUAGCCCUAACCUACUAAAAGCCAUGCAUGCUAAGAAUGUGCAGGCUCAGUGCUACACUUAUUUGCCCUGCUGUAAAAAAUCAGGCAAAUGUUAUGCUAGUGUUGAUGUCUGUUUUUGAGUGAAUGAGGCCAUAAAAAAUUUAAAAAUAUGCUUCAGGUGGAUGUAUGAAGUGAUACUGCAAUAUUGUUAAUAUCUAAUACAUCAUGUGAGAAGCAUGAUGAACAUUUUAAGCAAGUCAUUUCACAAAACAAAAAUGGUUUAACAUGAUUAAAGAAUAGAUAUGCUGUUCAAAAUGAGGUAUUUGUACACUUUAUGAUUGUCAAAUGUUAGCGGAAUAGUUAAUGUGAUGAUCUACACCUGUAGUUAGUCUGUAGAGACCUGGGUGAACUUGAUCCAAUAAAAUCACCUUGAGACAAUUUGGUUAAAAUUCAUUGCAAAAAAAUGGCUCAGAAUAGUGAAGUUAGUUCUGAGAAAUGAAGAUAGAUCUGUUUGCAGAUUCCACUUGGUUUGAAAUUCUUAACACAAUAAAAGUCAUAUACAAGUGUGACUUUCAUAUCCCCUAACUCAAAAUGCUUUUUGGGGCCACUGUAUGUUGAACGCAAUGCAAUUUGAAUGGUUAUGCUGAUGAUUGUAACAGAGGCUUCUGUUGUUUGAACGUUAAGUCUAACAUUUUCCAACAUUUUCUCCAGGUAACAUAAACCACAAGCCUACAUUUGACACUACCAGUUGCCAUAGACCUGUCAACAUCUUUACGUCUCUCUUUCUCUCUCAUUGAAAAAGAUUACAACAGAAUUAAUAUUGAGACUAGUCCUCAAUAAAAAAUGCCCAUACCUAUUUCUAUAAUGACAUUUUACUUAAGAGGUUUUCUAAUUACAAAUACUUAACUUGAAUUCAGACAAAUCCAUUAUCCAGUUGUGAUGCUGCUGCAUAGUGAUGACAAAAUCUGAGCAGUUCUAUUUCUCCUUGACAUUAAUGGGUACAUUACAAACUAAUCCAUGUGUGACUAAUCUAGUCUUGGUUCCCGAGUCACUGAUGUGUCGUAAAACAUAUGUUGACAUUACAUGCAUCUUCAAGGUAGUGUUGAAUGUCAUAACUAAUCAGUUAUGUCAAUGCAAUUGAUGUAUCAAACAAAAGUAUCAUCUAAACUUCACUUUUCUCUAAGACAAAAAAUCAAAUGCAUUAUUACAUUCUGGAAGAAAAAUACCCAAGCAGUACAGUUAUUUCCAUCUUCAGAAUGAUUGUCAGUGCCAAGUGUUUCACUUGAUCAAUUCCUUGACUCCCAUUUGUGCCACAUUAGGCAUUAGUUAGCCAUAUUUAACUUCUGCUUGGCUAGCAAAACAAAUCCAAUAUAAGGUGGUAUGGACAAGCCCUGAAGACUGUUGAGGAGGCAGCAGAGUUCGUGAUUGUGGUGAGAACUCUAAUUUCUUCAAAGCAUUACUGUUUGAAAGUAGUUGUUACAAAUACACUUACAAUAGAUGAUUAUUAGACAAAAUAGAGAAAAAGCUGACUUGAAUAUUCUAGAUAUUUUCAUUCAAGUUUUUCCAGUGUUACUAAAUGUGAGAUGUGAAAAGAGAUAUCACAAGUAUAUGGUAUAAGAAUAUUUUGAUGAAGAAAAAUAUAGGAAUUAGGAAAAUGUAGAACAGAAAGGUCAUUUGAAUUUUAAAUCUAUUACAGGGCUGCUGGAAAUACAUCACUAGUGGGAAGGAAAAAAGUAAGCUGCCACCAUGAGUACGGACGCAGAGAUGGCCGUUUAUGGCAAGGCUGCCAUUUACCUUCGUAAGCCUGAGAAGGAGAGAAUCGAGGCUCAGAACAAACCAUUUGAUGCCAAGACUGCCUGCUACGUGGCUGAUGACAAAGAGUUGUACCUCAAGGGAACAAUCAAGAGCAAAGAUGGUGGCAAAGUCACAGUUGUUUUGCUUGACACUCAGGAGGAGAGAGUUGCUAAGGAACAAGAUGUCUACCCAAUGAAUCCUCCCAAGUUUGACAAGAUUGAGGACAUGGCCAUGAUGACCCAUCUCAAUGAAGCCUCUGUGCUGUAUAACCUCAAAGAGCGUUAUGCUGCAUGGAUGAUCUACACCUACUCUGGGCUCUUCUGUGCAACUGUGAACCCCUACAAGUGGCUCCCAGUGUAUGAUGCAGAAGUGGUGGCUGCCUACAGAGGCAAAAAGCGUAUGGAGGCCCCACCCCACAUCUUCUCUGUCUCUGACAAUGCCUAUCAGUUUAUGCUGACUGACAGAGAGAACCAGUCUGUCCUGAUUACCGGAGAAUCUGGUGCUGGAAAGACUGUGAACACCAAACGUGUCAUCCAGUAUUUUGCCACAAUUGCAGUGGCAGGUGGUGAAAAGAAGAAAGAGCAGACUCCCGGCAAAAUGCAGGGCUCUCUUGAGGACCAGAUCAUUGCUGCCAACCCUCUGCUUGAGGCUUAUGGUAAUGCCAAGACUGUGAGAAAUGACAACUCCUCUCGUUUUGGUAAAUUCAUCAGAAUUCACUUCGGUACAUCUGGAAAACUGGCUAGUGCUGACAUUGAGACAUAUCUGCUGGAGAAGUCUAGAGUGACAUUCCAGCUUCCAGAUGAGAGAGGCUACCACAUCUUCUACCAGAUGAUGACCAACCAUAAGCCUGAGCUGAUUGAAAUGACGCUCAUCACCACCAACCCCUAUGACUUCCCCAUGUGCAGUCAGGGUCAGAUCACAGUGGCCAGCAUUGAUGAUAAAGAGGAGCUGGUUGCUACUGAUACUGCUAUUGACAUUCUGGGAUUUAGUAAUGAGGAGAAGAUGAGCAUCUACAAGUUCACUGGAGCUGUGCUUCAUCAUGGUAACAUGAAGUUCAAGCAGAAGCAGCGUGAGGAGCAGGCUGAGCCUGAUGGCACAGAGGAGGCUGACAAAGUUGCCUACCUUCUGGGUUUGAACUCUGCUGAUAUGCUGAAGGCUUUGUGCUACCCCAGAGUCAAGGUCGGAAAUGAGUUUGUGACCAAAGGCCAGACUGUGCCGCAGGUGUACAACUCUGUUAGUGCCUUGGCCAAAUCUGUCUAUGAGAGGAUGUUCUUGUGGAUGGUCAUUCGUAUCAACCAGAUGUUGGACACAAAACAACAAAGAAAUUUCUUCAUUGGUGUGCUGGAUAUUGCUGGCUUUGAGAUCUUUGAUUACAACAGCAUGGAGCAGCUGUGCAUCAACUUCACCAAUGAGAAACUGCAACAGUUUUUCAACCACCACAUGUUUGUGCUGGAACAAGAGGAGUACAAGAAGGAGGGCAUUGUUUGGGAGUUCAUUGACUUCGGCAUGGACUUGGCCGCUUGCAUUGAGCUCAUUGAGAAGCCCAUGGGUAUCUUCUCCAUCCUAGAAGAGGAGUGUAUGUUCCCCAAGGCUACAGACACUUCCUUCAAGAACAAGCUGUAUGAUCAGCAUCUUGGCAAGUGCAAUGCUUUCCAGAAACCAAAGCCUGCCAAAGGCAAGGCUGAAGCUCACUUCUCCCUGGUUCACUAUGCUGGAACUGUGGACUACAACAUUGCUGGCUGGUUGGACAAGAACAAGGAUCCACUGAAUGAGUCUGUUCUGCAGCUGUACCAGAAGUCUUCUGUCAAACUGCUGGCUACCCUCUACCCACCUGUUGUUGAGGAGACUGGUGGCGGCAAGAAGGGAGGCAAGAAGAAGGGUGGCUCCAUGCAGACUGUGUCUUCUCAGUUCAGAGAGAACUUGGGCAAGCUCAUGACCAACUUGAGGAGCACUCACCCUCACUUUGUGCGUUGUCUGAUUCCCAAUGAGUCCAAGACUCCAGGUCUCAUGGAGAACUUCCUGGUUAUCCACCAGCUGAGGUGUAAUGGUGUACUGGAGGGUAUCAGAAUCUGCAGAAAGGGCUUCCCCAGCAGAAUCCUCUAUGGUGACUUCAAGCAGAGAUACAAGGUGCUGAAUGCCAGUGUUAUCCCAGAGGGACAGUUUAUUGAUAACAAGAAGGCCUGUGAGAAACUCCUGGGAUCCAUCGACAUUGAUCAUGACCAGUACAGAUUUGGACACACAAAGGUGUUCUUCAAAGCUGGUCUUCUGGGUACUCUUGAGGAGAUGCGUGAUGAGAAACUGGCUGCUCUGGUCACAAUGACUCAGGCUGUCUGCCGUGGAUACCUGAUGAGGAGGGAAUUUGUGAAAAUGACAGAGAGGAGGGAUGCAAUUUACACCAUCCAAUACAACAUCCGCUCAUUCAUGAAUGUCAAACACUGGCCAUGGAUGAAAGUUUACUACAAGAUUAAGCCUCUGCUGAAGAGUGCCGAGACUGAGAAGGAGCUGGCAACCAUGAAAGAGGACUUUGCAAAAUGCAAAGAAGAUCUUGCCAAAGCUGAAGCCAAAAAGAAGGAGCUUGAAGAGAAGAUGGUAUCACUGCUGCAAGAGAAAAAUGAUCUGCAGCUGCAAGUAGCAUCUGAAGCUGAGAAUCUCUCAGAUGCUGAGGAGAGGUGUGAGGGUCUGAUCAAGAGCAAAAUCCAGCUUGAAGCUAAACUCAAAGAGACAACUGAAAGACUGGAGGAUGAGGAAGAAAUCAAUGCUGAACUGACAGCCAAGAAGAGGAAACUGGAGGAUGAGUGCUCUGAGCUGAAGAAAGACAUUGAUGACCUGGAGCUCACCUUGGCUAAAGUGGAGAAGGAGAAACAUGCCACUGAGAAUAAGGUCAAGAACUUGACUGAGGAAAUGGCAGCUCAGGAUGAGAGUAUUGCCAAGCUUACAAAAGAGAAGAAAGCCCUCCAAGAGGCACAUCAGCAGACAUUGGAUGAUCUCCAGGCCGAGGAGGACAAAGUCAACACCCUGACCAAAUCCAAGACAAAACUUGAGCAGCAAGUUGAUGAUCUUGAGGGUUCCCUUGAACAAGAGAAGAAGCUCCGCAUGGAUCUUGAGAGAGCCAAGAGAAAGCUUGAAGGAGACCUGAAAUUAGCCCAAGAGUCCAUCAUGGACCUGGAGAAUGACAAGCAGCAAUCUGAGGAGAAGCUGAAGAAAAAAGACUUUGAAACAAGCCAGCUGCUCAGCAAGAUAGAAGAUGAACAAUCUCUGGGUGCUCAACUCCAAAAGAAAAUCAAGGAGCUUCAGGCUCGCAUUGAGGAACUGGAGGAAGAGAUCGAGGCUGAGCGUGCUGCUCGUGCUAAGGUUGAGAAGCAGAGAGCUGAUCUCUCCAGGGAACUUGAGGAGAUCAGUGAGAGGCUUGAGGAGGCUGGAGGAGCCACUGCUGCUCAGAUCGAGAUGAAUAAGAAGCGUGAAGCUGAAUUCCAGAAGCUGCGUCGUGAUCUUGAAGAGUCCACCCUCCAGCAUGAAGCUACUGCUGCUGCCCUCCGUAAGAAGCAGGCAGACAGUGUGGCCGAGCUGGGAGAGCAAAUCGACAACCUGCAGCGUGUCAAGCAGAAGCUUGAGAAAGAGAAGAGCGAAUACAAAAUGGAGAUUGAUGAUCUUUCCAGCAACAUGGAAGCUGUUGCCAAAGCAAAGGCUAAUCUUGAGAAGAUGUGCCGCACACUUGAGGACCAACUUAGUGAAAUUAAGUCCAAGAAUGAUGAGAACCUUCGCCAGAUAAAUGACCUCAGCGCUCAAAGAGCAAGACUUCAAACUGAAAAUGGUGAGUUUGGCCGUCAGCUGGAGGAGAAGGAGGCUUUAGUUUCUCAGCUCACCAGAGGCAAACAAGCUUUCACUCAGCAAAUUGAGGAGCUUAAGAGGCAGAUAGAAGAGGAGGUUAAGGCUAAGAACGCACUGGCCCAUGCUGUCCAGUCAGCCCGUCAUGACUGCGACCUGCUCCGUGAGCAGUUUGAGGAAGAGCAAGAAGCAAAGGCUGAGCUGCAGCGGGGAAUGUCAAAGGCCAACAGCGAGGUUGCUCAGUGGAGAACCAAAUAUGAAACUGAUGCCAUCCAGCGUACUGAGGAGCUUGAAGAGUCCAAGAAGAAGCUGGCUCAGCGUCUGCAAGAGGCAGAGGAACAAAUUGAGGCAGUGAACUCCAAAUGUGCAUCUCUGGAGAAGACCAAACAGAGACUCCAGGGUGAGGUAGAGGACCUCAUGAUUGAUGUGGAAAGAGCCAAUGGUUUGGCUGCUAACCUUGACAAGAAGCAGAGGAACUUUGACAAGGUCCUGGCAGAAUGGAAGCAGAAAUAUGAGGAAGGUCAGGCAGAGCUGGAAGGUGCCCAGAAAGAGGCUCGUUCACUCAGUACUGAACUGUUCAAGAUGAAGAACUCAUAUGAGGAGACUCUGGAUCAGCUGGAGACACUCAAGAGAGAGAACAAGAAUCUGCAGCAGGAGAUUUCAGAUCUGACAGAGCAGUUAGGUGAGACUGGUAAGAGCAUCCAUGAGCUGGAAAAGGCCAAGAAGACAGUGGAGACUGAGAAGGCAGAGAUUCAGACAGCCCUGGAGGAGGCUGAAGGCACCCUGGAGCAUGAGGAGUCCAAGAUUCUUCGUGUCCAGCUUGAGCUAAACCAGAUCAAGGGAGAGGUUGACAGGAAGCUUGCAGAGAAGGAUGAGGAGAUGGAACAGAUCAAGAGGAACAGCCAGAGAGUCAUUGAAUCCAUGCAGGGCACUCUGGACUCUGAAGUUAGGAGCAGGAAUGAUGCUCUGAGAAUCAAGAAGAAGAUGGAGGGAGACCUUAAUGAGAUGGAGAUUCAGCUGAGCCAUGCCAAUCGCCAGGCUGCUGAGGCCCAGAAACAGCUCAGGAACGUUCAGGGACAACUCAAGGAUGCCCAACUGCACCUUGAUGAUGCUCUGAGAGGACAGGAAGACAUGAAGGAGCAGGUGGCCAUGGUGGAGCGCAGAAAUGCUCUGAUGCAGUCUGAGAUUGAGGAGCUGAGAGCUGCUCUAGAGCAGACAGAGAGAAGCCGCAAAGUGGCUGAACAAGAGCUGGUGGACGCCAGUGAGCGUGUUGGGCUGCUGCACUCUCAGAACACAAGUCUCCUGAACACCAAGAAGAAGCUUGAGGCUGACCUUGUUCAGAUCCAGAGUGAAGUUGAUGACACUGUACAGGAAGCCAGAAAUGCAGAGGAGAAGGCCAAGAAGGCCAUCACUGAUGCUGCAAUGAUGGCAGAAGAGCUCAAGAAGGAGCAGGACACAAGUGCUCACCUUGAGAGGAUGAAGAAGAAUCUGGAGGUCACAGUGAAGGACCUGCAGCACCGUCUGGAUGAGGCAGAGAAUCUGGCCAUGAAAGGAGGAAAGAAACAACUCCAGAAGUUGGAGUCUAGAGUCCGUGAGCUUGAGGCUGAAGUUGAGGCAGAGCAGAGACGUGGAGCUGAUGCUGUUAAAGGUGUCCGCAAAUAUGAGAGGAGAGUCAAGGAGCUCACCUACCAGACUGAGGAGGAUAAGAAGAACCUCAACAGACUGCAGGAUCUGGUUGACAAGCUUCAGCUGAAGGUCAAGGCUUACAAGAGACAGGCUGAAGAAUCUGAGGAACAAUCAAACACUCACCUGUCCAAGUUGAGGAAGGUGCAGCAUGAGCUGGAAGAGGCUGAGGAGCGUGCUGACAUUGCUGAGUCUCAGGUCAACAAGCUCAGAGCCAAGAGCCGUGACGCUGGAAAGGGCAAAGAGGCAGCUGAAGCUACCACCAUGAGUACGGACGCGGAGAUGGCCGUUUAUGGCAAGGCUGCCAUUUACCUUCGUAAGCCUGAGAAGGAGAGAAUCGAGGCUCAGAACAAACCAUUUGAUGCCAAGACUGCCUGCUAUGUGGCUGAUGACAAAGAGUUGUACCUCAAGGGAACAAUCAAGAGCAAAGAUGGUGGCAAAGUCACAGUUGUUUUGCUUGACACUCAGGAGGAGAGAGUUGCUAAGGAACAAGAUGUCUACCCAAUGAAUCCUCCCAAGUUUGACAAGAUUGAGGACAUGGCCAUGAUGACCCAUCUCAAUGAAGCCUCUGUGCUGUAUAACCUCAAAGAGCGUUAUGCUGCAUGGAUGAUCUACACCUACUCUGGGCUCUUCUGUGCAACUGUGAACCCCUACAAGUGGCUCCCAGUGUAUGAUGCAGAAGUCGUGGCUGCUUACAGAGGCAAAAAGCGUAUGGAGGCCCCACCCCACAUCUUCUCUGUCUCUGACAACGCCUAUCAGUUCAUGCUGACUGACAGAGAGAACCAGUCUGUCCUGAUUACCGGAGAAUCUGGUGCUGGAAAGACUGUGAACACCAAACGUGUCAUCCAGUAUUUUGCCACAAUUGCAGUGGCAGGUGGUGAAAAGAAGAAAGAGCAGACUCCCGGCAAAAUGCAGGGCUCUCUUGAGGACCAGAUCAUUGCUGCCAACCCUCUGCUUGAGGCUUAUGGUAAUGCCAAGACUGUGAGAAAUGACAACUCCUCUCGUUUUGGAAAAUUCAUCAGAAUUCACUUCGGCACAUCUGGAAAACUGGCUAGUGCUGACAUUGAGACAUAUCUGCUGGAGAAGUCUAGAGUGUCAUUCCAGCUUCCAGAUGAGAGAGGCUACCACAUCUUCUACCAGAUGAUGACCAACCAUAAGCCUGAGCUGAUUGAAAUGACGCUCAUCACCACCAACCCCUAUGACUUCCCCAUGUGCAGUCAGGGUCAGAUCACAGUGGCCAGCAUUGAUGAUAAAGAGGAGCUGGUUGCUACUGAUACCGCUAUUGACAUUCUGGGAUUUAGUAAUGAGGAGAAAAUGAGCAUCUACAAGUUCACUGGAGCUGUGCUUCAUCAUGGUAACAUGAAAUUCAAGCAGAAGCAGCGUGAGGAGCAGGCUGAGCCUGAUGGCACAGAGGAGGCUGACAAAGUUGCCUACCUUCUGGGUUUGAACUCUGCUGAUAUGCUGAAGGCUUUGUGCUACCCCAGAGUCAAGGUCGGAAAUGAGUUUGUGACCAAAGGCCAGACUGUGCCGCAGGUGUACAACUCUGUUAGCGCCUUGGCCAAAUCUGUCUAUGAGAGGAUGUUCUUGUGGAUGGUCAUUCGUAUCAACCAGAUGUUGGACACAAAACAACAAAGAAAUUUCUUCAUUGGUGUGCUGGAUAUUGCUGGCUUUGAGAUCUUUGAUGUAAGAAUGAUUCUUUUAUCUAUUUUUAUGGCAAACUGAAUACUAUUCAGAAGUCAGUAAAUGUUUCUGUUAUUUUUCCUCCAGUUCAACAGCAUGGAGCAGCUGUGCAUCAACUUCACCAAUGAGAAACUGCAACAGUUUUUCAACCACCACAUGUUUGUGCUGGAACAAGAGGAGUACAAGAAGGAGGGCAUUGUUUGGGAGUUCAUUGACUUCGGCAUGGACUUGGCCGCUUGCAUUGAGCUCAUUGAGAAGCCCAUGGGUAUCUUCUCCAUCCUAGAAGAGGAGUGUAUGUUCCCCAAGGCUACAGACACUUCCUUCAAGAACAAGCUGUAUGAUCAGCAUCUUGGCAAGUGCAAUGCUUUCCAGAAACCAAAGCCUGCCAAAGGCAAGGCUGAAGCUCACUUCUCCCUGGUUCACUACGCUGGAACUGUGGACUACAACAUUGCUGGCUGGUUGGACAAGAACAAGGAUCCACUGAAUGAGUCUGUUCUGCAGCUGUACCAGAAGUCUUCUGUCAAACUGCUGGCUACUCUCUACCCACCUGUUGUUGAGGAGACUGGUGGCGGCAAGAAGGGAGGCAAGAAGAAGGGUGGCUCCAUGCAGACUGUGUCUUCUCAGUUCAGAGAGAACUUGGGCAAGCUCAUGACCAACUUGAGGAGCACUCACCCUCACUUUGUGCGUUGUCUGAUUCCCAAUGAGUCCAAGACUCCAGGUCUCAUGGAGAACUUCCUGGUUAUCCAUCAGCUGAGGUGUAAUGGUGUACUGGAGGGUAUCAGAAUCUGCAGAAAGGGCUUCCCCAGCAGAAUCCUCUAUGGUGACUUCAAGCAGAGAUACAAGGUGCUGAAUGCCAGUGUUAUCCCAGAGGGACAGUUUAUUGAUAAUAAGAAGGCCUGUGAGAAACUCCUGGGAUCCAUCGACAUUGAUCAUGACCAGUACAGAUUUGGACACACAAAGGUGUUCUUCAAAGCUGGUCUUCUGGGUACUCUUGAGGAAAUGCGUGAUGAGAAACUGGCUGCUCUGGUCACAAUGACUCAGGCUGUCUGCCGUGGAUACCUGAUGAGGAGGGAAUUUGUGAAAAUGACAGAGAGGAGGGAUGCAAUUUACACCAUCCAAUACAACAUCCGCUCAUUCAUGAAUGUCAAACACUGGCCAUGGAUGAAGGUUUACUACAAGAUUAAGCCUCUGCUGAAGAGUGCCGAGACUGAGAAGGAGCUGGCAACCAUGAAAGAGGACUUUGCAAAAUGCAAAGAAGAUCUUGCCAAAGCUGAAGCCAAAAAGAAGGAGCUUGAAGAGAAGAUGGUAUCACUGCUGCAAGAGAAAAAUGAUCUGCAGCUGCAAGUAGCAUCUGAAGCUGAGAAUCUCUCAGAUGCUGAGGAGAGGUGUGAGGGUCUGAUCAAGAGCAAAAUCCAGCUUGAAGCUAAACUCAAAGAGACAACUGAAAGACUGGAGGAUGAGGAAGAAAUCAAUGCUGAACUGACAGCCAAGAAGAGGAAACUGGAGGAUGAGUGCUCUGAGCUGAAGAAAGACAUUGAUGACCUGGAGCUCACCUUGGCUAAAGUGGAGAAGGAGAAACAUGCCACUGAGAAUAAGGUCAAGAACUUGACUGAGGAAAUGGCAGCUCAGGAUGAGAGUAUUGCCAAGCUUACAAAAGAGAAGAAGGCCCUCCAAGAGGCACAUCAGCAGACACUGGAUGAUCUCCAGGCAGAGGAGGACAAAGUCAACACCCUGACCAAAUCCAAGACAAAACUUGAGCAGCAAGUUGAUGAUCUUGAAGGUUCCCUUGAACAAGAGAAGAAGCUCCGCAUGGAUCUUGAGAGAGCCAAGAGAAAGCUGGAAGGAGACUUGAAAUUAGCCCAAGAGUCCAUCAUGGACCUGGAGAAUGACAAGCAGCAAUCUGAGGAGAAAAUAAAAAAGAAAGACUUUGAAACAAGCCAGUUGCUCAGCAAGAUAGAAGAUGAACAAUCUCUGGGUGCUCAACUCCAAAAGAAGAUCAAGGAGCUUCAGGCCCGUAUUGAGGAACUGGAGGAAGAGAUCGAGGCUGAGCGUGCUGCUCGUGCCAAGGUUGAGAAGCAGAGAGCUGAUCUCUCCAGGGAACUUGAGGAGAUCAGUGAGAGGCUUGAGGAGGCUGGAGGAGCCACUGCUGCUCAGAUCGAGAUGAAUAAGAAGCGUGAAGCUGAAUUCCAGAAGCUGCGUCGUGAUCUUGAAGAGUCCACUCUCCAGCAUGAAGCUACUGCUGCUGCCCUCCGUAAGAAGCAGGCAGACAGUGUGGCCGAGCUGGGAGAGCAAAUCGACAACCUGCAGCGUGUCAAGCAGAAGCUUGAAAAAGAGAAGAGCGAAUACAAAAUGGAGAUUGAUGAUCUUUCCAGCAACAUGGAAGCUGUUGCCAAAGCAAAGGCUAAUCUUGAGAAGAUGUGCCGCACACUUGAGGACCAACUUAGUGAAAUUAAGUCCAAGAAUGAUGAGAACCUUCGCCAGAUAAAUGAUCUCAGCGCUCAAAGAGCAAGACUUCAGACUGAAAAUGGUGAGUUUGGCCGUCAGCUGGAGGAGAAGGAGGCUUUAGUUUCUCAGCUCACCAGAGGCAAACAAGCUUUCACUCAGCAAAUUGAGGAGAUUAAGAGGCAGAUUGAAGAGGAGGUUAAGGCUAAGAACGCACUGGCCCAUGCUGUGCAAUCAGCCCGCCAUGACUGCGACCUGCUCCGUGAGCAGUUUGAGGAAGAGCAGGAGGCAAAGGCUGAGCUACAGCGGGGAAUGUCAAAGGCCAACAGUGAGGUUGCUCAGUGGAGAACCAAAUAUGAAACUGAUGCCAUCCAGCGCACUGAGGAGCUCGAAGAGUCCAAGAAAAAGCUGGCUCAGCGUCUGCAAGAGGCAGAGGAACAAAUUGAGGCAGUGAACUCCAAAUGUGCAUCUCUGGAGAAGACCAAACAGAGACUCCAGGGUGAGGUAGAGGACCUCAUGAUUGAUGUGGAGAGAGCCAAUGGUUUGGCUGCUAACCUUGACAAGAAGCAGAGGAACUUUGACAAGGUCCUGGCAGAAUGGAAGCAGAAAUAUGAGGAAGGUCAGGCAGAGCUGGAAGGUGCCCAGAAAGAGGCUCGUUCACUCAGUACUGAGCUGUUCAAGAUGAAGAACUCCUAUGAGGAGACUCUGGAUCAGCUGGAGACACUCAAGAGAGAGAACAAGAAUCUGCAGCAGGAAAUUUCAGAUCUCACAGAGCAGUUAGGUGAGACUGGUAAGAGCAUCCAUGAGCUGGAAAAAGCCAAGAAGACAGUGGAAACUGAGAAGGCAGAGAUUCAGACCGCCCUGGAGGAGGCUGAAGGCACCCUGGAGCAUGAGGAGUCCAAGAUUCUUCGUGUCCAGCUUGAGCUAAACCAGGUCAAAAGUGAGAUUGACAGGAAGCUUGCAGAGAAGGAUGAGGAGAUGGAACAGAUCAAGAGGAACAGCCAGAGAGUCAUUGAAUCCAUGCAGGGCACUCUGGACUCUGAAGUUAGGAGCAGGAAUGAUGCUCUGAGAAUCAAGAAGAAGAUGGAGGGAGACCUUAAUGAGAUGGAGAUUCAGCUGAGCCAUGCCAAUCGCCAGGCUGCUGAGGCCCAGAAACAGCUCAGGAACGUUCAGGGACAACUCAAGGAUGCCCAACUGCACCUUGAUGAUGCUCUGAGAGGACAGGAAGACAUGAAGGAGCAGGUGGCCAUGGUGGAGCGCAGAAAUGCUCUGAUGCAGUCUGAGAUUGAGGAGCUGAGAGCUGCUCUAGAGCAGACAGAGAGAGGCCGCAAAGUGGCUGAACAAGAGCUGGUAGACGCCAGUGAGCGUGUUGGGCUGCUGCACUCUCAGAACACAAGUCUCCUGAACACCAAGAAGAAGCUUGAGGCUGACCUUGUUCAGAUCCAGAGUGAAGUUGAUGACACUGUACAAGAAGCCAGAAAUGCAGAGGAGAAGGCCAAGAAGGCCAUCACUGAUGCUGCAAUGAUGGCAGAAGAGCUCAAGAAGGAGCAGGACACCAGUGCUCACCUUGAGAGGAUGAAGAAGAAUCUGGAGGUCACAGUGAAGGACCUGCAGCAUCGUCUGGAUGAGGCAGAGAAUCUGGCCAUGAAGGGAGGAAAGAAACAACUCCAGAAACUGGAGUCUAGAGUCCGUGAGCUUGAGGCUGAAGUUGAGGCAGAGCAGAGACGUGGAGCUGAUGCUGUUAAAGGUGUUCGCAAAUAUGAGAGGAGAGUCAAGGAGCUCACCUACCAGACUGAGGAGGAUAAGAAGAACCUCAACAGACUGCAGGAUCUGGUUGACAAGCUUCAGCUGAAGGUCAAGGCUUACAAGAGACAGUCUGAAGAAGCUGAGGAACAAGCAAACACUCACCUGUCCAAGUUGAGGAAGGUGCAGCAUGAGCUGGAAGAGGCUGAGGAGCGUGCUGACAUUGCUGAGUCUCAGGUCAACAAGCUCAGAGCCAAGAGCCGUGACGCUGGAAAGAGCAAAGAGGCAGCUGAGUGAAAACCUUCACAUUCACUGUCACCAGCUCCCAUUUAUCUCUUAAAAUGUGCAAUUGCUCAAUAAAACAUAUUCAUCAACUUCUUCUUUA